GUUUCCAUGUUCUCCACUUUGCUGCCGGUUUUUCUCUGCGGCCACAAACAGGCGGAAGUCUGGUCUUUUCCGUUUGGGAGUAUCCUAUAGCAGUGCACAUAUGAGCCUGACGGGCAGCCAGGCCCGACAUGCAAAAAGCUACUGCACCAGCCCUUCAAUAGAGCUCAAAGAUGCGAUACGGAUCAAAGAUCUGACUCUGCUCGUUCCGUUCACUGAUGGUGCGCAAUGGCCAGCGGAGGAAAGCACGCUGCAGCCUGUCCGCAUCUCCCUUACGGUACCGCACGAUGUCAGACAGACAGCGACAACUGAUGACCUCUCCUCCUCGAUUGAUUACUCCGCUCUGCUCUCGUCUGUGCAUCAUGCUUGCUCCUCGUCUCCUGCGAACUCUCUCGAAAUUCUCUCUGACCGAAUAUUCCGGACUUGCUUUGAAACCCAUCCGGAGGUCGAGCGGUUGUGUUUGAAGGUUACCAGGCCGAAGGCGCUAUUGCAUGCUGACGCGGCUAGCAUCGAGUCGACGAGGACUAGGUCUGGCGUGCAAGAACUAGCAGUGCGGCUCACCAUCGAAAACCUGGAGUGUGAUACGAUCGUCGGUGUAAAUCCUGCCGAACGAGAGCAGAGGCAACGCGUGCGCUUCAAUGUUGCCUUGGACAAAAACCGGAAAGCCAACGCAUCAUUUAGCUUCCGCGAACUGACACAUAAACUGUCCGAGCAUAUAGCGGCCUCAUCCUAUUUCACACUCGAAGCAUUGGCCUCAUCUGUAGCACGCACAACUCUCAACUAUGUGGCAGACCCUGAGGCGUGUGUCACCGUCCGAGCGGGGAAGCCAAGCGCUCUCGCUCUAGCGGAGGCAGCCGAAGUGGAGAUCUCUCGCACACUAUUUGACUACCCCUACGAAUUCGCUACUGCAGUUCCGCAGUCUGCACAAGGUGCUACCUCCUCACAAGGGUCUACGAAUCUAUCUUCGCUUAUAGCUGCGCUUCCUGGACAAGGCGACACUGUCUCGUCGUUGACCCAUACCGCUGCGAUCGCGCUUGGGGCUAACCUUGGGGACCGCUUUUACAAUGUUGAGCUUGCUCUUCGCCUGCUGGAGGCGCCCUGCGGAGACCUUUCGCAGACGACCGGCAAGCCGAGGGCGGUGGUUGUGGAUACGAGUUUUAUGUACGAGACGGAGCCGAUGUACGUUACGGAUCAACCGAAGUUCAUCAAUUGUGCAUGUAUAAUCAAGACGGACAUGGCGCCGCUUGAGUUGCUCGGGUUUGUCAAGGAAAUUGAGAACACUGUCGGCAGAGUGACAUCGUUCAGGAACGGUCCUCGAGCUAUCGACCUGGACAUCCUGAUGCAUGACUCGCUUGUUAUGGACUCGCGAGUGGAGUCGGAGAGAGGCACGCUGGACAACCUCGCUGGACAGCUCGUGGUGCCUCAUCCGCGCAUAGCGGAGCGCGAGUUCGUCUUGCGACCUCUCAACGACAUGAUACCUGACUACAUUCAUCCGGUAUCUGGAAAGUCCGUCCAAAACCUCCUCAAGCACCUUCUUAGACGGCAAGCUCCUAACGUAGAUCCCAUGCACAAGGUCAUGCCCUUCCCCCGCUACCCUCACUCUGCGGAGCCCGGAUCCCGACCUUCCUCCCCCGCACUCGAGAACAUACCUCCGGUGCCUCCUACUGCCACGUACUGGCGUUUUCCGCUACCUUCGAUGAAACCUCAUGGCGAGCGGAAGACGUAUAUCAUGGGGACGCUGAACGCCACGCCAGACUCAUUCUCUGAUGGAUCCGUGCAUAAUACCAUUCCUGCUGCCCUUGCGUAUGCGAUCUCCUCUGUAGUGGCUGGUGCAGAUAUCAUCGAUGUGGGUGGCUACUCCACGCGUCCGCGGGCAGAAUAUGUCUCACCAGAAGAGGAGCUCUCACGCGUCGUUCCAGUGAUUCAAGCUAUCAGAGGUAUCGGUCAAGAUUCCAAGACGGACGCAGGACAAGGCGUUCCUGAGGGUUUAUCUCAAGCGAUGAAGGGUGCGGUCGCCGAAGUCCCCAUCAGCGUAGACACAUUCCGCGCGGAUGUAGCAUCCGCGGCGAUACUGGAGGGGGCGAACUGCAUCAACGACGUCCAUGCGUUCACCGGUCCUGACUACCCGCUGACCUCAUCUUCCGCCGAACACUUCCUCGACAUGCGCGCUGUAGCGCGGAACCUCGCAGUGCCCGUAGUCCUGAUGCACUCUCGCGGAGAAGCAUCUGCGAACAAGGAUUACUCGGCCUACGACUAUGCCGCAGACGAGGAGGGGCGCGGGGCCGUCCUGGAAGGCGUUCGAGUGGAGCUGUGCGCGAAGGUCGAGGCAGCGGUGAAGGGACCUGGUGGCAUCCGUCGAUGGUUCGUGAUCCUCGACCCAGGCGUCGGCUUUAGCAAGACUGUUGAGGGAAAUUUGGAGGUGCUCAGAAAUGCAGCGACCCUAACCACUGAAUAUCUUCCAAGUUAUCCUCGUUCCCGGAGGAGGAACACACUGGCUGGCUACCCGCAAUUGAUCGGUGCCUCGAGAAAGUCAUUCUUGGGAGCCAUCCUGGCGAAGUCUGACCCCAAUGGCAGCUACAAGGGUAGGGAGACGAGGCCGGACGAGAGAGGGUGGGCGACUGCGGCUGCUGUGAGCUGUGCAGUUCAGCAACGAGCUGCAGUGGUGCGUGUGCACGACGUGCUCGAGUUGGGUGACGUCGUGAGGAUCUGUUCCGCGCUUUGGGCUUGAUGUUGAGCGUUCAUUCAUACAGUACGUAUGCGAGUGCCCCUGCGCCGGGCUUGUCAAAUAUGUAUAUGUGCAUUCGAGUCGCUGUUAUCCUUAGCGUCGUCGGAGACGAGUGAUCUCCCAAACUAUCCAAGCAACUCGAUCUGUAUGUAGUUGAACUUAG